GCGUUCGAUUACUUUUUGUUUUUGGGCAGUGGAUGUUGUUCGGUGAUUGCCGCAAUCUAUGGUGACAUUCACUACUCUUUGUUCCUUUUCUUUUUUUGGCUUCACUGGGCUUUAGGCCGGAAGGGGUCACUACAGUGAUGUACACAUUCUACCUCGGUAUACUAGUAGGUGACAUCAGAGUUUGAGGGGGGGCAAGCACCGUGCAACAUGAAGCGUUCCCUCUCUAUCGGGGCGAAGAACUGCUAAUGGCUAGUUCUCUCAAAAUCAAUUAAAAAAACAAGAACGCUGUUUAAACAUAUGGUUUCGGUUUACAGUAGACUGCUAGGGAUAAUUUAAGUCAAGGAAUGCCGGCCUAGUUCAACUGUCCACGACUCGUCACCUCAGCAGCAGAUGAUGGAAGAGCCGGAGACAUAUCUUUUCAGCCCUACGCCGUAUGUGCCCAACUCGCCAUUGCCGGUUCUGAUUUAUCGUGCUGUGCUUGAGCCUGCCUCGGCCUCUCAAGAUGGUGACGCGCAGGCUCUCUCAGCAGACUCGCUUCGGAACCAGAUUGAACAGAACAAGUGGCGGUAUGGAGGCGUUUUCAAGCACUACCCAACCCACCAUUUCCACAGCGUGACGCAUGAAUGCUACGCAGUGUUCAAAGGACGCAGUCGGCUGUUGCUGGGAAGAGGCCCGCUCGACGAAGCGAAUGAUGGCCAUGGGAAGGAGGUGGAAUUACGUGCUGGAGAUAUUAUCGUCCUGCCAGCCGGCGUGAGCCAUUGCUGUCUUCACUCGGAGGACGACUAUUCAUACGUCGGAUUAUAUCCUGAAGGCAGUCCUCAUUGGGACAACAACUGGUGUAAAGCCUCCCCCGAGGAGACAAUGGAAAGAACCGCGACUGCGUGGUCUGUUCCGAUUCCUUCAUAUGAUCCCAUCUAUGGCAAAGAUGGACCGUUGUGCACGAUCUGGCGACAGGCCCAGGCGAGCGCUGCCUUGAUGCCGGCGAAAGGCAUGUAACGACACAGAAUGUGUGAAUCAGGAAGGUCUCAAUGCGGCGGUCUGCUGGUUGAAUGGCCAGUCAAUAUCAAGGAAAUAAAUAUCUGUCUGGAACCCAACACGCGUGUACUGUGUAGACACGAAGUCGAUUCAGCUUCGAGUCAACUCUAUGCCAAUGGGCAGCUAGAAUUGGCAAGCAAGCGCUUCCUCGUGAAGAUCUGAUUCGAUAUUUCGAGGACGUCUGCUGUAUCAGUAAUAAUAAUGGCCUUCACUCCGAACAAACACUCUGAAGUCGUCGCAACUUUGCACAAUCGUUCUCGGAGAAGAACCCGAGCGCCAGC